AUGAGGCGCAUGAACAGCCCUUCCUGGAGUGUGCCCAGGCCUGCGCCAUCUCGGCCGAGCGGCACAAAGCAGCACCUGGGGCCUAGCGGGAUGUGCGGACCCUCUGUCGCUUGCGUCCUUCUCAACCGCCUGCACCUCGAGUCAACGUUGGUGUUUGCUGGGCUGCGGCUUCCUGCCUCUUCUCAGCUACUUCCAGGACCCCAGCCAGUCCGCUUUGGGUACGUCCACUACCAGCUACUUCCAGGACCCCAGCCAGUCCGCUUUGGGUACGUCCACUACCAGCUACUUCCAGGACCCCAGCCAGUCCGCUUUGGGUACGUCCACUACCAGCUACUUCCAGGACCCCAGCCAGUCCGCUUUGGGUACGUCCACUACCAGCUACUUCCAGGACCCCAGCCAGUCCGCUUUGGGUACAUCCACUACCAGCUACUUCCAGGACCCCAGUCGGUCCGCUUUGGGUACGUCCACUACCAGCUACUUCCAGGACCCCAGCCAGUCCGCUUUGGGUACAUCCACUACCAGCUACUUCCAGGACCCCAGUCGGUCCGCUUUGGGUACGUCCACUACCAGCUACUUCCAGGACCCCAGCCAGUCCGCUUUGGGUACAUCCACUACCAGCUACUUCCAGGACCCCAGUCGGUCCGCUUUGGGUACGUCCACUACCAGCUACUUCCAGGACCCCAGCCAGUCCGCUUUGGGUACAUCCACUACCAGCUACUUCCAGGACCCCAGUCGGUCCGCUUUGGGUACGUCCACUACCAGCUACUUCCAGGACCCCAGCCAGUCCGCUUUGGGUACGUCCACUACCAGCUACUUCCAGGACCCCAGCCAGUCCGCUUUGGGUACGUCCACUACCAGCUACUUCCAGGACACCAGCCGGUCCGCUUUGGGUAUGUCCACUACCAGCUACUUCCAGGACACCAGCCGGUCCGCUUUGGGUAUGUCCACUACCAGCUACUUCCAGGACACCAGCCGGUCCGCUUUGGGUAUGUCCACUACCAGCUACUUCCAGGACACCAGCCGGUCCGCUUUGGGUAUGUCCACUACCAGCUACUUCCAGGACACCAGCCGGUCCGCUUUGGGUAUGUCCACUACCAGCUACUUCCAGGACACCAGCCGGUCCGCUUUGGGUAUGUCCACUACCAGCUACUUCCAGGACACCAGCCGGUCCGCUUUGGGUAUGUCCACUACCAGCUACUUCCAGGACACCAGCCGGUCCGCUUUGGGUAUGUCCACUACCAGCUACUUCCAGGACACCAGCCGGUCCGCUUUGGGUACGUCCACUACCAGCUACUUCCAGGACACCAGCCGGUCCGCUUUGGGUAUGUCCACUACCAGCUACUUCCAGGACCCCAGUCGGUCCACUUUGGGUACAUCCACUACCAGCUAAUUCCAGGACCCCAGCCGGUUUGCUUUGGCGGUCUUUCUGGCCGCAGCGGGGGUGGCCUGGCCCGGGCUCACUUCGAGAAGCAGCCCCCCUCCAACCUGCGGAAAUCCAACUUCUUCCACUUCGUGCUGGCGCUGUACGACAGGCAGGGGCAGCCGGUGGAGAUCGAGCGCACCGCCUUCGUGGGCUUCGUGGAGAAGGACAAAGUAAAUGCCCCGCGGGUGCGCAGGCAAUUCAGCCCCCUCCAGCCGCUUGCUCGUCUUCAUUCUCCCUACUCCCUCUUUUUUCAAGGGAUAAGGACCGAGCAGGAUUUCUACGUGCGCCUCAUCGACUCCAUGACCAAGCAAGCGAUAGUGUAUGAAGGCCAAGACAAGAACCCCGAAAUGUGCAGAGUUCUGCUCACGCAUGAAAUAAUGUGCAGCCGGUGUUGUGACAAGAAAAGCUGUGGCAACAGAAAUGAGACUCCAUCAGACCCAGUGAUAAUUGACAGGUUCUUCUUGAAAUUUUUUCUCAAAUGUAACCAAAAUUGCCUAAAAAAUGCGGGAAAUCCCCGAGACAUGCGGAGAUUCCAGGUUGUGGUGUCGACAACAGUCAACGUUGAUGGCCACGUGCUGGCGGUGUCGGACAACAUGUUUGUACACAACAACUCCAAGCACGGGCGAAGGGCUCGAAGGCUUGAUCCCUCGGAAGCUACACCAUGUAUCAAAGCCAUCAGUCCGAGUGAAGGAUGGACUACAGGCGGUGCUACUGUCAUCAUCAUAGGAGACAAUUUCUUUGAUGGGUUACAGGUCAUAUUCGGCACCAUGCUGGUCUGGAGUGAGCUGAUUACCCCUCACGCGAUCCGAGUUCAGACGCCUCCCCGACAUAUCCCUGGCGUGGUAGAAGUCACAUUGUCCUAUAAGUCUAAGCAGUUCUGCAAGGGAACUCCUGGAAGAUUCAUUUACACGGCCCUGAACGAACCCACCAUCGACUACGGUUUCCAAAGGUUACAGAAGGUCAUCCCCCGGCACCCUGGUGACCCUGAACGCUUGCCAAAGGAAGUGAUACUGAAGAGGGCCGCUGAUUUAGUGGAAGCGCUCUAUGGUAUGCCACAUAAUAACCAGGAAAUAAUUCUGAAAAGAGCAGCAGAUAUUGCGGAAGCCCUCUACAGUGUCCCCCGCAAUCACAACCAGCUCCCAGCACUGGCGAAUACAUCCGUCCAUGCAGGAAUGAUGGGAGUGAAUUCCUUUAGCGGUCAGCUAGCAGUCAACGUCUCGGAAGCCUCGCAGGCUACCAAUCAGGGUUUUACUCGCAACUCAAGCAGCGUGUCCCCUCAUGGGUACGUGCCAAGCACCACCCCGCAGCAGACAAACUACAACUCCGUCACAACGAGCAUGAACGGCUACGGGAAUGCGGGAAUGUCCAAUCUUGGUGGUUCGCCCACCUUCCUGAAUGGAUCUGCUGCCAAUUCUCCCUAUGCCAUUGUGCCAUCAAGUCCAACAAUGGCUUCCUCCACUAGCCUUCCCUCAAACUGUAGCAGUUCCUCUGGGAUUUUCUCCUUCUCACCAGCCAACAUGGUCUCCGCGGUGAAACAGAAGAGCGCGUUUGCUCCUGUCGUGAGACCGCAAACUUCCCCUCCUCCCACCUGCACCAGCACCAACGGCAAUAGCCUGCAAGCUAUAUCUGGCAUGAUUGUUCCUCCCAUGUGAAAGGAUUGCCUUGAAGAAUUUUAUUGAAGAGGUUGAAUUCUGCUUCAGAGAGAAAUCUGAUACAAGUCCCAGAGUGGAACUUUUUACUCAGGCCUUUUUAAAAAAAAUAAAAUACAAUAAAAUAGAGAGGAAUCUUACAAUACCUGCAGAUUUUUAAACAAAACAAAAAUCACCACCCUGGCAGAUACUGAAAUUAACAAAGAAUCUGCAAUUGCAAGGUGUUGAUUUGAGUUGUCCAUCCCAAGUACUUGGGAGAUAUAUUUAUUCUGUGUUGAUAAGAAAAUCCACUUUUUUUCUCUUAGUUUUUGUUUGUUUUAUUUUUUUAAAGCUCAAUUUAACUCAACAGCCAUUUGUCUUUUAUAAAUCAUAUAUUUCUGCAAGGGACACUAGCGAUGAAACGUCAUGUUUUUAAUUUAUGACCCUUUUCUAAAGCUGGGUAAAGGGAAAUGAAGUGGCAACAUUUACAAACAAGUCAGUAAGGGACAGAACAGAAGUGCCAGUUUGGUGUUUUUAGAAGAAUAAUGGCCAUUUAAUUAAGAGUCGGCUCGUAUGUGUUGCUUAUCCAGGGAUGGUUUGCUAUUCCAAUACAUUUUUCAUUCUCUAAUUAAAUAGAUACCACUCACUAAACAGUUCUUUUAAAACAGGGAGAGACUUUGUAGCCUCUGUUUUUAAUAUCAGACUAAAUAACUGUGUAAAUAAUAUGAUGAGAAAAGUUGGUGAAAGUACAGCUAAGGACAUCAAUCAUGUAAGCUAAUGUCUUUAACUCUGAAACCCAGUGCCUCUGGAUAUAAUGCUAAAACUGCAUAAUUAGACUAGCAUGGCUCUCUAUUUAGCUUAUAUCAGAACCUUCCAAUCAAGUGGCCUCCCUCGAUUUAGCAUAAACUGAGCUGUGCAUACACAUCUCCUUUGGAUCGUGUGUCGCUGUCGAAAGACACAGACUCAAGCCAUUAUUACAUGUUGGGUGUUCUCAUACAUUUUUUCCUCCUCGCUUUAAUCGAUUUGUUUCCAUGGGACAGGCGCAGAAUUGGCUCACCUGCAGUUCUGCAUGCUCAAUGAUCUAGAAGCACACACGUUUUUUGUCAGCCUCCAGCUAGGAUUGUUGCUGUAUCAGCCGACCUGCUCAGUUUGUAGCAUAAUAUAUUAAGCAACAGGUAACUGUUUUUGAAUAGUAAGUGGAAACAGGAAUUUGAAUUUGCAGGUGGGCGGGAGGGGGAGGAGAAGUGAGGAAGGUUUGAAAUCAAACCCACAGGUUCUGUUUUACAGGAAUUUUGCUCUCGUUAUCUGGGAAGUGUUCUUAAAACGAUUAGUCAAAGAGACAGCAAAACUCUGAGGAUGCAUUACCUGAUAUUUUUUCUUUGCUGUUGUGUUUUGUAUGUAGUUAUAAAUACUGUAGAUUUUUUUGUGAUUUUUUUGCCAAAGUUGUUGUUCUAUUUAUACAUUUUAAUGUCUUAAGACAAAUUUUCAAUGUCACAAAAAAAAAUUACUGCAUAUUUUGCAAAAAGAGCUCACUACCUUUAGCUUGCACAUACUUGCAAAAUUAAUGAAAGGGAAAAAAAAGCUUUUUUUGUUUUGUUGUUGGGGUUUUGUUUGUUUGUUUGUUUGUUUUAAAGGGGAUUUUGUAAAAUAUCCAUAUAAAUAAUGUAUUUAUCUUUGGAAUUUGUACAUUGCUUUUACCCCCCUAACCCCAGUUUAUUUUAUUGUGUAUGUUUGCUAUGUGAAAAGUGCUGAUUUGUUUGGUCACUCACUGUUGUAUUAGCUGUUUAAAUGUGAUUUGAAAACAUUUCAUUUAUAGGGAUUUUUUAAAGAUUGUUUUAAACCAUGCUUCCAUUUUUUAUUUCCACCUAAAAGCCAUUGUCUAUUUUUGUAUUAUUUGUAAGUUAAGAAGUUUUUUUUUUUCCAAUAUAUGGCAAAAAGUAGCAUAUUAUUCUUGUAGCAUUUAGUUAUGUAGAUUUAAAAAAAUAUCCUUUGCUUUUGAGGCUUAACAAAAAAUAAUGCUGUUUUACUCUAUUAAUAUGCAUGGGAUCUCUCCUCUUUGGAGUGACGCAUUUUUGUGCAUUAAAUAUGGGGAGAAACUUCAUAGGACUCAUUGCAAAUACUUUCUUUCUUAAGUCUGCUUGUAUAUUUCUCUGUCUUUCACAUAAAUAUAAACCAGCAGAUUGGAUGCCUUAACAAUGCAAAUCAUAUUCAUUUCACUUGUACAUUGGAACUGUCAAUCAUCACUAACAUUCUAAGAAAAAAAAGGAAUUGAAAAGCACAAAAGAACUGUUUUUGUUACCUUAAGACAAUGUAACUUUUUUCUAGUAGAGCAGGAAAUCAUUUCCAACGAUGCUGCAACUGUGCAUGCUUCCUGUAUGAAUUUUGCAAUGGUUUUCACUAGAAAGUCACGGUGUGAUCUUUUUUUGGAGGGGGGGAGGGGGGAAAGAGGAGAAAAAGGAAACUUUUUGUCCUGCUGAGCAAAUAAAAGGAAAAAUACAACUGGAAAAUGCGAGAGACAUCAAAGUAUUGCUUCUCUGUACUCAGACAAUUCUUCUAAUUCACGUGAUAAGCAACUGCACGCCAAUGUAAUCAAAUUUAAAGCCAUAUUUUGUCCAGUAACACCCUCGAUUGGUCUGGUAGAACUCCAUUCUGCGUUGUAGCCAUGUAGACAUCCAUGUUAGCCGUGUACAUUUGUAGCCCUUUUCUUCAAAGUCCAAAGAUCCUUGAAUAAUGAGUUUUGUUGCAACUAUUUAUAGUGAUUGGAUGAAAGGAAAUUCAUCAAAAUCUCCUUUCAAAACACGCCCCCCCAUCUUAGAAAGUAACAGAUGCCACUCCUUACAGAAUAUGGCUUUAAGUGGAACCGUUCCGAUUUCAGUUUCAAAAGGUGAAGCGACACAAUGACUGGAUUGCAUAAAGUAUGCCUAUUUCCUCACAAUUGUACUAGGAUGCAGCUAAAAUGAAGUCAUCUCUGAAACUACUAACCUUUCACCUUCUUAUCUAAAUCUUUUUGAAUAGACACACACACUGUACAGUUCUAUUGUUAGAGAAACUAACUACUGUAGAGAUUGUUAUAAUUUUUUUGCAGAAAUUCAAGCUGUAAAAACUUUUCAACUUUCACAAUAUUUAAUUAAAGUUACUUCCUGUCUGUGA